UAUUGACUAGUACAACGAUUUUGAAAGAAAACCUUAUGUCGGAGCAAUUGUUUUAGUGGGGACUUUUAUGGUCUUAGGAAUUGUUGGAAACGUGCAUGUUCUUUACGUAUACAUUUUUCGAAUGAAACCUACGAGUCACAGAAUUUUUAUCAUAGUUUUGGCCAUGCUUGAUUUGUUGUCAUGCGCCGUGAGCAUGCCUUUUAUAACGGCGGAUAUGUUCCAACGGCUAACAUUUACAGCUGCAACAGCCUGUAAGAUAUUGAGAUUCUUCCUGUAUUUCUUUGCAGGAUCGUCAGGAUUACUUCUCCUACCAAUUGCAAUAGACAGUGUUUCCGGCGAUCAAUUAGAACCAAAAAAUGUUUUUACCGAAACCAGCUUUGGAAGUGAUAAUAAAACAAUUAUUGUUGCAACAGGAACAGGUACAAACCAAGAUGGUACAAUAAACAUACUUGAACAUUCACUAUUUUUCUACAAGUUACGUCUAUACAUUAUAAAUUAUUGUUUUGACUGUUCUGCAACAGCCUGUAAGAUAUUGCGAUUCUUUCUGUAUUUCUUCGUAGGAUCGUCUGGAUUUCUUCUCGUACCAAUUGCUGUGGACAGAUACCUUAAGACAUGCAGACCUUUUGGAGAACAGAUUACUCCUGCCAGAGCAAAGGUAUUAUGUAUAGUCGUUUUAUUCAUUGGUGUAGCGUCCGGCUGGCCAGCGACGAUCCUCUAUGGUCACAGGAACGUUGUAACACCAGACUCAAACAUUACCAGAAUUAGUUGUUACCUUGAUGACAAAUAUAAAGGAAAUUUAUAUUUAGUGUACUGGAAUGGCGCCAUGAUAUUCAUGACCUCCGCUGUGUUUUUCAGUCUUAUUAUCUUUUACUAUUUGAUUGGAAAAAGUAUUAGGGCACAUGCUGCAUUAAAGAACAAGCUCCUAGACCAUUGUCAUACAAGCAAGGUAACCGUAAAAUCCCGAAUUCGCACAAGUAAUCACCAAUUAAUGGACAUAAAUUGUAAAGAGAAAAACAAAGACAGACAUGUUAAAAAGAAACAUCAUAAAAUGAAUAUAUACAGUGUUUACCAAGAUCCAUUAGUGUCAAAGCACUCGUUUACUGGAACCAGAUUCGGAACUGAUAAAGAAACAAAUAUUGAUGCAACCGGAAAUGAAAAGACCGGAGGUGGCACAGACCAAGAUGGCACAAUAGACACAAGUGAUAUGAACAUUACUAUACCCAUCCAAAAGAACAAAGAUGGACAAAAAGGUUGUUAUGGAAAUAAAGACGAGAAUGUAACUGCAACUGGCCAUUUCAGUCCUAAUGUUAAUGCUGAAUGUAACACUGAAAUGAAAGAUUUUCAGAGAAACAAGAUUCAUUCCAGUCAUUGUAAUGAUAUCAAGACUAACAAUGAAGAGAACGUAAAGAACGUAAGGACAGAAACCAAUUCUGACAUUGAUGUACAUAACAGAAUGGAUCAGGAGAAUGCUUGUAAACGUAAAGAGGCUUUGCGACAUACACAGCGAAGUAAAAGAACAACUCAAAUGUUUUUUACUAUUACUAUCUUGUAUUUUAUAACAUUCAUACCCCAUCUCAUUUUACAGCUGAUUACUGUUACCCAAGACAACUUUGUUGCCAGUUUAUCUUUCACCGAGCAGGUCGUAUACCAUAUUGUAGUUUUUUGUUCUUUUCUUAAUAGCAUGGUUAAUUGUUAUGUUUAUGGGUGCUUUGAUACAUUGUUCAGAAAUGAGCUGAAAAGACUUUAUACCGGUAAAUGUAUAAUCGGUAGCUGAAGAAACUGGUAAAUGCGUUACUGUUACCUUACGUUUAAUUUAUAUUUUACUCAUGUUAAUAAUGAUCAAUACAUGAGUUUUAUUAGUGUUAUCGGUAUAUAAUUAAAACCUAUUCUGAGAAAUGUGUUAUCGCUACAAGAAUAGAAUUUAUACUAGUAAAUGCUUUAUCGCUACAGGAAUAGAAUUUAUAUUGAUAAAUUUGUUAUCAGUACCUGAAUAGAAAUUUAUACUGGUGACAGUUUUAUCACUAUAUGAAUAGAAUUUAUACUGGUAAAUACUUUAUCGCUAUAUAUAUUGAUAAUUUUUUUAUCGGUACCUGAAUAGAAAUUUAUACUGGUGACAGUGUUAUCGCUAUAUGAAUAGAAUUUAUUCUGGUAAAUGUGUUAUAGGUGACUAAAGAGCCUUUAUAUUUGUAAAUUGCAUCAUUUUUACCUGAAAGAGGCUCUUUAUAAUAGUUCAAAGACCCUAAUAACUGAGAUGUUUGAAAAUGGCAUAAAAACAUUGCAAACAUAAACACAAGAAUGAUUUGACCGAUACCUAACGUUGCAAAUUGUUUACACACUGGUAACGUGAAAUGACAAACAGUCAUUUUACUAGUCUUUUAUCAAUGAUGGUUUAAAUUACAAUUGUCCGCGACGUUUGAAAUGUUAUUUAAACGCUGUUACAAGCACUAGUCGGCUAAACUACAUGUUAUUUCUGGACCGUACACAUCUGGCUGAUGUUGCAUAUUUGGAAAUACACACCUAUAUUUUUUUUUGCCUACUGUCUAUACAGACUGACCUGUAUUAAUAAAAUAUUAAAGGAAGGUAGGUUUGCUAUAAAGUAUAUGUGAUGGAGAACGGAGUACGGACGCGGACAUUUGAGAACGGAUUAAUUUUUGAGUAUUUUCUUAAAAUAAUAUUGACACAUUAUUCAGAAGUUAAUGACACUACUGCACUGACAUUGUUAAUUUCAUUGGAAAAUCCAACUAAUUAUGACGCAGCUAAUUCUCAAAAGCCACAGAAAAACAGUUGCAAAUUUGUUACGUUCAUUCGCAGCACCCGACAAAGGCUUUUUACAUGCCUUUACAGUUGCUGUUUUGUUUGUUUGUUUUGGGCCGUUUUUCAACAGUAUUUCAGUCAUGUAACGGCGGGCAGUUAACCUAACCAGUGUUCCUGGAUUCUGUACCAGUACAAAUCUGUUCUCUGCAAGUAACUGCCAACUUCCCCACAUGAUUCAGAGGUGGAAGACUAAUGAUUUCAGACACAAUAUCGUUUAUCAAAUAGUCACAGAGAACAUACGCCCCGCCCGAGGAUCGAACUCGCGACCCCGCGAUCCGUUGACCGACGCUCUACUUACUGAGCUAAGCGGGCGGGUUUUACAGCUGCUAAGCGUCUCAUUGUAUUUCUAUGGUUUCAUACAAUAUUAAACUACGGUGACAUAUUUAGUUUAUACUAAUUCAUUGUAGCUCGAUUGUGAAGAAAGCGUCAAGCUUAUUUGAACCACUCUCAAGUCCGCUUCCUGGAAAAACCAGUACUGGUGUCAUAUGAGAAGUCAUGGUGACAUAUUUCUGCUUACGGAUAGCAAAAUAGUUAUUACAAAUCAUUUAAACGUUUUCGUGAAAUAUUUCAAGUCGCUACAAGAGCUGAAGUGCUCAAUUACUACAUAAGAUAAUUAACAUAGAUAGAGUGAAGUUUUUUAUCAACCAAAUGUGUUCGUUUGCGAGAAAAUAACGGUUCUCAUGAAAUAAACAAAACACAUAUAUCGGGAUUGUUCUGUUACUUCGCAUUUCUUAACGGGAAGAAUUUCAAUUUGACAUUACUAUUGAUAAAGAAAAAAGACAUUUACACUACUUAAACUUUGAGAAACAUUGCAAUAAGAUGAUCAUAGGGUCUAGGUGGCAUUAACUCAAUGUCUUUAUCUUUGUUAAACCUUGGCAUUUCUUAGUGAAAUCUGGUAAAAAUUUUGCGUUAUGAAAAUAAAGCUGAAAUAUUUGAUAAAAAUACACUGACGAGAUAAAGAAACGCCUCAUUCAAACUCGGUAUACAAUUUUUCGUUAACCGUGAUUCAAAAUUAGAAAAGAACAAUUCCAUUCGCAAAUUAGAUGCUUUACAAGAAUUUAUGGUCAAUAAGAAAUCAUUACAUUGUCGUAUUAUGCUUAAAUCUUGAAUUUUAAUAGCCCGGUCGGAGAAAUUGCAUUAGAAAAAUCAGUAGCGCGUGUGGCCACCUCUGCUAGCAACCACAGCAGCAAGGCGACGCCUCAUAGAGCCGCACCAGUUGCGUAACAGAUACCGUGGGAUUCUGGCCCACUCCUAGUGCAGCGCUGCUACCAGUUCCCGGACGUUUGCCGGCUGGGGUUGACGUUGGCGUAACCGCCGUCCCACGCGUGUUCAAUCGGAUUGCAGUCCGGUGAACACGCCGGCCAAGGUAAAACAUUAAUGUUUCUAGCCUGUAGAAAGUCCCUGGUGACGCGUGCAACGUGAGGUCGCGCGUUGUCGUGCUGAUAGACUAAUCAUUGACGUUGACGGAAUAAAGGGACAACUACAUGACGUAAUAUCUGGUCGAUGUAACGCCUGGCUGUGAGAUUACCUUGGCAAACGACGAGUUGGGACUUAAACCUAUGGCUGAUUGCUGCCCACACCAUUACUCCACAUCCACCGUAACGAUUGUGCUCCAAAACGCAAUUGUUUGCGUAGCGUUCAUGGCGUCGUCUAUA